CGCCUCCCGUGCUCGUUUUCUCUAAAAAACGCGGCACGUUGACACGUACACCGAACCCCUGAAUACGCGGCAAUGGGUUGAAAGGGCAUAUGCUGAGAUAUAUGCCCCGUUUUUCCAUUCUCUUCCUUCGGGCGCCGUCUUGCUCUAGAGAGUCCGGAGUCUCCAGCGACCAGCGGCGGCUUCCAAGAGGCAAACCCGCCACCCCUUCUUCACACUCCUCCUUGACCUGCCCGCACCCCAUCUCCGCCACCGCUGACCGAAGAUGCAGCGAUCCGCUAGGACGGCGGCUUGACGAGGAAAACCCCAUCGCCGCCGAGGACCGGACGGCGACCUGUACGGGCACGCGAAGAGGAAUGCGAUUUGUGAGUGAUCAAUGUGCAGUACACUAAUGGCACGGAAGUGACAUCUAGGUCAGCAAUGAAACGUUUUGUCUAUGUCAAUGACGAGUCCUGCGGGGAGUCCUAUUGUGACAAUCGAGUUUCUAAUACCAAAUACACGCUGUGGAAUUUUCUCCCUAAGAACUUAUUGGAGCAAUUCAGGCGUUUCAUGAAUCAGUAUUUUCUACUAAUCGCGUGCCUUCAGUUGUGGUCCCGAAUUACUCCUGUAAGUCCGGUGACUACAUGGGGUCCACUUGCCAUCAUCUUCAUUGUUUCUGCUUCAAAAGAAGCUUGGGACGAUUACAAUAGGUAUCUUUCAGACAAGAAAGCAAACGAAAGGAAAGUAUGGGUGGUAAAGGAUGGCAUCCGUGGACAGAUCAAAGCACAGGAAAUACAUGUGGGAAAUAUAGUGUGGCUCCAUGAGAAUGACGAGAUACCAUGCGAUCUUGUUCUUAUUGGAACUUCUGAUCCUCAAGGCAUCUGUUAUGUUGAGACUGCUGCUUUAGAUGGUGAAACUGACUUGAAAACUAGAAUCAUUCCUUCAAUUUGUGCUAACUUGUCAUCGGAUCAAUUGGGGAAAGUCAAGGGUGUACUUGAGUGCCCUAACCCGGAUAAUGACAUAAGAAGAUUUGAUGCGAACAUGCGUUUGUUCCCUCCUAUCAUUGACAAUGAGAAAUGUCCUUUAGCUAUCAAUAAUACUCUUCUUCAAUCAUGUUACUUAAGGUACACAGAAUGGGCUUGCGGAGUUGCAAUUUACACCGGCAAUGAAACCAAAUCAGGAAUGAGCAGAGGAACUGCAGAGCCCAAGCUUACUGCUGCUGAUUCAAUGAUAGACAAACUCACUGUUGCAAUAUUCGUUUUCCAAAUUGUCGUUGUUCUCGUGCUGGGUUUUGCUGGCAAUAUAUGGAAGGAUAGCAAUGGUCGUAAGCAUUGGUAUCUUAUGUAUCCCGCAGAAGGACCAUGGUAUGAUUUCUUGGUUAUCCCAUUGCGCUUUGAGCUAUUAUGUUCAAUAAUGAUUCCUAUUUCCAUAAAGGUUACUCUUGAUUUGGCUAAAGGUGUAUACGCAAAGUUUAUUGACUGCGAUGAGCAAAUGUUUGAUAGGGAAACAAGUACGCCUGCUCACUCAGCUAACACAGCUAUUAGCGAGGAUCUUGGACAGGUUGAAUAUAUAUUAAGUGACAAAACUGGUACAUUGACGGAGAAUAUAAUGAUCUUCAGAAGAUGUUGCAUAAAUAAUACUCAGUAUGGAGAUGACAGUGGAGAUGCUUUAAAAGAUACCAGACUUCUAAAUGCUGUCUCAAGCAAUGAACCUGAUGUAGUCAAAUUUCUGAUGGUGAUGGCCCUUUGCAAUACAGUUGUUCCUAUCAAAAGCAAUGAUGGUGCUAUCUCAUACAAAGCACAAUCACAAGAUGAGGAAGCUUUGGUAAAUGCUGCCUCAAACCUGAAUAUGGUGCUUACAAGUAAAGACAGCAGCAGUGCUGAGAUUUGUUUCAAUAGCUCUAAAUUUCAAUAUGAGUUAUUGGAUGUUCUGGAGUUCACUUCUGACCGCAAAAGAAUGUCUGUUGUGGUAAAGGAGGGUGGGAGCGGGAAGUUCCUUCUUCUCUCUAAAGGUGCUGAUGAAGCUAUUUUUCCUCGUUCUAAUCCAGGACAACAAACAAAGACCUAUCUUGAAGCAGUAGAAAUGUAUUCUCAUUUGGGAUUGCGAACCUUAUGUUUGGGAUGGCGUGAGUUAGAAGAAGGUGAAUAUAAGGAAUGGUCUAAAAAAUUUCAAGAAGCUAGCUGCUCACUGGAUAACAGGGAGUGUAAAAUUGCUGAAGUCUGUCACAGCUUAGAGCAAGGCAUUAACAUUCUCGGCGUUACUGCCAUAGAGGACCGGCUACAGGAUGGUGUGCCUGAAACCAUUAAAUUGCUAAGGAGCGCUGGAAUCAAUGUGUGGAUGCUUACUGGUGACAAGCAAAAUACAGCAAUUCAAAUCGCACUUCUUUGUAACCUUAUAACACCUGAGUCUAAUGGUCAAUUGUUGUCAAUCAACGGAAAAACUGAAGAUGAGAUAUUAAGGAGCUUAGAGAGGGCAUUGGUAAUUAUGAAGACUACGCCAGAGAGAAAGGAUCUUGCAUUUGUUUUGGAUGGUUGGACACUCGAAAUAAUUCUGAAGCAUUCUAUGGAAUCUUUCACUAGACUGGCCAUGCUGUCAAGAACAGCAAUAUGCUGUCGAAUGACACCUUUGCAGAAAGCACAGCUUGUUGGGAUCCUGAAAACCGUUGGUUACCUAACUCUAGCAAUUGGGGAUGGUGGUAAUGAUGUAAGAAUGAUUCAAGAGGCUAACAUUGGAGUAGGGAUCAGUGGUAGGGAGGGACUGCAAGCUGCAAGAGCUGCUGAUUAUAGCAUUGGAAAGUUUAAGUUUCUCAAAAGGUUGAUACUUGUCCACGGUCGAUAUUCAUACAAUCGUACAGCAUUUAUUUCGCAGUACUCCUUCUACAAGUCACUCUUGAUUUGCUUUAUACAGAUUCUAUUUUCUUUUGUGACAGGGCUUUCUGGAACUAGCUUGUUCAACUCGAUUAGCCUGAUGGCCUAUAAUGUCUUCUACACAAGUCUUCCCGUUAUGACUAUACUUUUUGACAAGGAUAUGUCUGAAACUACAGUUCUGCAAUAUCCCCAGAUUUUACUCUAUUCUCAAGCUGGGAGGCUCUUAAAUCCAAGUACAUUUGCUGGAUGGUUUGGACGAUCGCUGUACCAUGCACUUGUUGUCUUCUUAAUUACAGUCCAUACAAAUGCUUAUGAGCAAAGCAACAUGGAGGAAAUCUCCAUGGUUGCCCUAUCUGGAUGCAUUUGGUUACAAGCUUUUGUUGUCACAUUGGAUACAAACUCAUUCACUUAUCUGCAAGUCAUCCUCAUAUGGGGAAACUUUGUAGCCUUCUAUAUCAUCAACUUAAUACUCAGUUCAGUGCCAACACUUCAGAUGUACACUGUCAUGUGGCGCCUCUGUAGUCAACCUUCAUACUGGAUCACCAUGGCUCUGAUUGUUACUAUCGGAAUGGGUCCAGUGCUGGCUCUCAGAUACUUGAGGAAUGUGUACAGACCUAGUGCAAUUGACGUUCUUCAGCAAAUCGAGCAAACCAAUGGUCCUACCCAAACCUCCAGAAAUGUGGAGUCAGCAACUAGGAUCUAUCUCGAUCAGUUACUAACUGACUUGCGUAGGAACAAGGGUUCUAUUCAUCAACCUUUGCUUUCGGAUUCUGUAGCAUCUAUCAGAUGAUGUGCUGAGAGUGAGUCACCAGUAACCAUGUUUCCUUACUGGGACACAAGUUACGUAGGCAGUGAGCCAAUUUCGAACUUAAGAAAUUGCGCCAGCUAACAGUAAUAGGCUCAUGAUCAAAUAAUUGUUCUGACAGUUGCACUUCACUAGAGACAUUUGAUAUCUGGUCAACAGUUUACUUUGCGGUAAGAAAUUGUCCUCCUCGGCGAUUGUAUUAUUUGGGGGCCACCCAUGAUAAAUUGUCGUCCAUAAUAGCAAACAGUUUACUAAGCA